UCAAGCAGCGCCGCUCUGAGCGGAGGAACUGCCGCCAGCAUGUGGAUCCCCACGGAGCACGAGAAGUACGGCGUGGUAAUAGCUGGUUUUCGAGGAACAGUCCCACAUGGCCUCUCACUGGAGAUUGGAGACACAGUUCAGAUACUGGAGAAGUGUGAUGGUUGGUACAGAGGAUUUGCCUUAAAAAACCCCAAUGUUAAGGGUAUCUUUCCAUCCAACUACAUUCACUUGAAAAAUGCAUGCGUUAAGAACAAAGGACAAUUUGAAAUGGUUAUUCCAACAGAAGAUUCUGUUAUUACAGAGAUGACAUCAACUUUAAGAGACUGGGGAACGAUGUGGAAACAACUCUAUGUGAGAAAUGAGGGGGAUCUCUUUCACCGACUGUGGCAUAUAAUGAAUGAAAUCCUAGACCUGCGAAGGCAAGUCCUGGUUGGCCACCUCACCCAUGAUCGAAUGAAGGAUGUGAAGCGACACAUCACUGCUCGUCUGGACUGGGGCAAUGAACAACUGGGACUUGACUUAGUUCCAAGAAAAGAGUAUGCUAUGGUGGAUCCUGAAGAGAUCAGCAUUACGGAGCUCUACAGGCUGAUGGAGCAUCGUCAUCGAAAAAAAGACACGCCUGUACCAGCCAGCAGCCACCAUCUUUUUGUUCAGAUGAAGAGUCUAAUGUGCUCCAAUCUGGGAGAGGAACUGGAAGUAAUCUUCUCACUCUUUGAUAGUAAAGAAAAUCGGCCCAUCAGUGAACGAUUUUUUUUAAGACUGAAUAGAAAUGGUUUGCCAAAAUGUCCAGAAAAGCCUGAAAGACACUGUUCUCUUUUUGUGGAUUUGAGUAGCAGUGAACUAAGGAAGGACAUCUAUAUCACUGUGCACAUUAUUCGAAUAGGGCGAAUGGGAGCUGGAGAAAAGAAAAAUGCCUGCAACGUACAAUACAGACGGCCCUUCGGCUGCGCGGUCCUCAGUAUUGCAGAUUUGCUGGCAGGAGAUUCAAAGGAUGACCUCAUCUUGAAAGUGUACAUGUGCAACACAGAGAGUGACUGGUAUCAGAUUCAUGAAAAUAUCAUUAAAAAGCUGAAUGCACGUUACAACUUGACUGGUUCCAAUGCAGGUCUGGCAGUUUCUCUUCAGUUGCUUCAUGGAGACAUAGAACAAAUUAGGAGAGAGUAUACAUCUAUGUUUACCCAUGGAGUAUCCAUAACAAGGAAACUAGGUUUUUCCAAUAUUAUCAUGCCUGGUGAAAUGAGGAAUGAUUUAUACAUCACUGUAGAAAGAGGAGAAUUUGAGAAAGGAGGGAAAAGUGUGGCCAGAAAUGUGGAAGUGACAAUGCACGUUGUGGACAGCGGUGGUCAGAUUUUAAGGGAUUUUAUCUCAUUUGGCUCUGGAGAGCCACCAGCCAGUGAGUACCAUUCCUUCGUGCUUUACCAUAACAAUGGUCCCAGAUGGGCUGAGCUGCUGAAACUUCCUAUUCCUGUGGAUAAAUUCAGAGGAGCACACAUCCGCUGUGAAUUCCGACACUGUUCCACAAAAGAAAAGGGUGAGAAGAAGUUGUUUGGCUUUUCUUUUGUGCCCCUGAUGCAAGAAAAUGGGAGGACUCUGCCAGAUGGCACCCAUGAACUCAUUGUACACAAGUGUGAAGAAAACGCAAACCUUCAGGAUUCCAGUCGCUACCUCAAACUCCCCUUCUCAAAGGGAAUUUUCCUAGCAAACAACAGCCAAGCAGUAAAAACCACUAAAGAGUCCUUCUGGAUUACGUCCUUUCUCUGCUCCACUAAACUCACACAAAAUGGAGAUAUGCUUGACCUUCUGAAAUGGAGAACCCAUCCAGACAAAAUUGCAGGUUGUCUCUCAAAAUUAAAAGAAAUUGAUGGUUCAGAAAUAGUAAAGUUUCUUCAGGAUACAUUAGACACUUUAUUUGGAAUUUUAGAUGAAAACUCUCAAAAAUAUGGAUCAAAAGUAUUUGAUUGUUUGGUUCACAUAAUAAAUCUGCUGCAGGACAGCAAAUUUCACCACUUUAAGCCAGUAAUGGACACUUACAUUGAAAGUCACUUUGCAGGAGCACUUGCAUACAGAGAUCUGAUAAAAGUAAUGAAGUGGCAUAUUGAUCGAGUCACUGAAGUGGAGUUGCAUGAGCACAUACAGGAAGUACUAAAGGCACAGGAAUAUAUCUUUAAGUAUAUAGUUCAGUCUCGACGGUUAUUCUCUAUUGCUACUGGUGGACAAAAUGAGGAAGAAUUUCGCUGUUGUAUUCAAGAACUUCUGAUGUCAGUACGCUUCUUCCUUUCUCAAGAGAGCAAAGGAGCCAGUGCUUUAUGCCAACUGCAAGCUGUGUUUCUCAGCUCAUUCCCAUCUGUGUACUCUGAACUUUUGAAGCUCUUUGAUGUUAGAGAAGUGGCAAAUUUGGUUCACGAUGCUCUGGGCAGUUUGCCGACAGUCAUGCAGGGGGAUGAAUCCCUUCAAGCUGUUAAACUUCAGAGUAUUGGGAAAACUGUAGAGAGUCACCUGUACACCAACCCAGAUUCACGAUAUAUUCUUCUUCCAGUGGUUUUACAUCAUCUCCACAUGCAUUUACAAGAACAGAAGGACCUUAUAAUGUGUGCACGUAUCCUUAGCAACAUAUUUUGUCUCAUCAAGAAGAACAGCUCAGAAAAAUCUGUUCUGGAAGAAAUUGAUGUGAUCGUAAGCAGCUUGCUAGAUAUUCUGUUAAGGACAAUACUGGAGAUCACCAGCCGACCACAACCAUCAGGCUCUGCUAUGCGCCUUCAGUUUCAAGAUGUGACUGGGGAGUUUGUCUCCUGUUUGCUGUCACUCUUGCGACAAAUGACCGAUAGACAUUAUCAGCAGCUUCUUGAUAGCUUCAAUACAAAGGAGGACCUGAGAGAUUUCCUGCUACAGAUUUUCACUGUAUUUCGGAUACUGAUACGACCAGAGAUGUUUCCCAAAGACUGGACAGUGAUGCGAUUGGUUGCGAACAAUGUGAUCAUCACUACAGUCUUGUACCUUUCAGAUGCCCUUCGUAAAAACUUCUUAAAUGAAAACUUUGAUUACAAGAUAUGGGAUUCCUACUUUUUUCUUGCUGUAAUUUUUAUAAACCAGUUAUGUCUUCAACUGGAGAUGUUCACUCCUUCCAAGAAAAAAAAGGUUUUAGAAAAAUAUGGUGACAUGCGGGUAACAAUGGGAUGUGAAAUCUUCAGCAUGUGGCAGAAUUUAGGGGAACACAAGCUUCACUUUAUUCCAGCAUUGAUUGGCCCCUUCCUGGAAGUGACUUUGAUCCCUCAACCAGACCUGAGGAAUGUAAUGAUUCCCAUUUUCCAUGACAUGAUGGACUGGGAGCAAAGGCGAAGUGGCAACUUUAAGCAGGUGGAAGCAAAAUUGAUUGACAAACUGGACAGCCUAAUGUCUGAAGGUAAAGGUGACGAAACGUACCGAGAGCUCUUCAACAGUAUUCUGCUGAAGAAAAUUGAGCGGGAAACAUGGAGGGAAAGUGGUGUUUCAUUAAUUGCUACAGUGACUCGCCUCAUGGAAAGGUUACUGGACUACAGGGAUUGCAUGAAAAUGGGAGAAGUGGAUGGCAAAAAAAUUGGCUGCACUGUUAGCCUUUUGAAUUUUUACAAGACUGAACUGAACAAAGAAGAGAUGUAUAUUCGCUAUAUUCAUAAGCUCUAUGACCUACAUCUGAAAGCACAAAACUUUACAGAGGCUGCCUACACGCUCUUGCUUUACGAUGAGCUGUUGGAGUGGUCUGAUCGGCCCCUGAGAGAAUUUCUGAACUACCCCAUGCAAACAGAAUGGCAACGAAAAGAGUAUCUCCAUCUGACUAUCAUUCAAAACUUCGAUAGGGGAAAGUGUUGGGAAAAUGGCAUUAUUUUAUGCAGGAAAAUUGCUGAACAGUAUGAGAGCUACUAUGACUACAGAAACCUUAGCAAGAUGAGGAUGAUGGAAGCAUCUUUGUAUGAUAAAAUUAUGGAUCAACAGCGUUUGGAGCCAGAGUUUUUCAGAGUUGGAUUUUAUGGGAAAAAGUUUCCAUUCUUCUUGAGAAAUAAGGAAUUCGUUUGCCGAGGACAUGACUACGAAAGACUGGAGGCCUUCCAGCAGCGAAUGUUGAAUGAGUUCCCACAUGCCAUUGCUAUGCAACAUGCAAAUCAACCAGAUGAGACAAUCUUUCAGGCAGAAGCACAGUACUUGCAGAUCUACGCUGUGACACCAAUACCAGAAAAUCAAGAGGUCCUGCAGAGAGAUGGCAUUCCAGAUAACAUCAAGAGUUUUUACAAAGUAAAUCACAUCUGGCGAUUCAGAUAUGACAGGCCAUUUCACAAAGGUACCAAGGACAAGGAGAAUGAGUUCAAGAGCUUGUGGGUGGAGAGAACUACGCUGAUCUUGGUGCAGAGUUUACCUGGAAUCUCUCGUUGGUUUGAAGUGGAAAAACGUGAAGUAGUGGAAAUGAGUCCCCUUGAGAAUGCCAUUGAAGUCUUAGAAAAUAAGAACCAGCAACUGAGAACACUGAUCAGUCAGUGUCAAACUCGACAGAUGCAAAACAUUAACCCUCUCACAAUGUGUCUAAAUGGGGUCAUUGAUGCAGCGGUUAAUGGUGGUGUUACUAGAUACCAAGAGGCAUUCUUUGUCAAAGAAUAUGUUUUGAACCAUCCAGAAGAUGGAGAGAAGAUUACACGCUUGAGGGAGCUGAUGCUUGAGCAGGCCCAAAUUCUGGAGUUUGGCUUAGCUGUGCAUGAGAAGUUUGUGCCCCAGGACAUGAGGCCUUUGCACAAAAAGCUGGUGGAUCAGUUCUUUGUGAUGAAGUCUAGCUUGGGAAUACAGGAAUAUUCUGCCUGUGUACAAGCUAGCCCUAUCCAUUUUCCAAAUGGAAGUCCUCGUGUCUGUCGAAACUCAGUACCUGUUUCUAUGAGUCCAGAUGGUGCUCGGGUAAUACCACGACGCAGUCCUUUGAGUUACCCAGCUGUCAAUCGGUAUUCAUCCUCAUCACUGUCAUCCCAAGCUUCCGCUGAAGUCAGCAAUAUCACUGGGCAGUCAGAAAGCUCUGAUGAAGUUUUUAACAUGCAGCCAAGUCCAUCUACCUCAAGUUUGAGCUCUACUCAUUCUGCUUCACCUAAUGUGACCAGUUCUGCUCCAUCCAGUGCAAGAGCCUCUCCUCUGUUAUCUGACAAACACAAGCAUUCCCGAGAAAACUCUUGCCUGUCUCCCAGAGAGCGACCCUGCAGUGCCAUCUACCCUACUUCUUUGGAAGCCUCGCAGACUGCAAACUCUUGCUUUGCCAAGUGGAAUGCGGCUUCUGUUUCCCACUCCACCCGAGAUUCGAUAAGGGAGGCUGAGGAGCAUGUAUGCCCAGCCUCCACGCAAUCAGAGACUCGCCUGGCAGCAAAAUCUCCCAAUCUGUCUCUACCCUCAGUGUCCCAAGAGAGGAGAAUGUUGUUUAAUCAUAUUGGAGAUGGUGCUUUGCCACGAAGUGAUUCUAAUCUGCCUGGCCCUGACAAAGCUGUAAAUGCUACUCCCAGCAGCUGGAGCCUGGACAGUGGGAAAGAAGCCAGAAACACAUCAGACAGUGGGAAGCUUAUAUCUCCUCCUGUACCACCGAGACCUGCACAGACGGCAUCACCAGCAAGACACAUAGCCUCUGUUUCCCCUUCUCCUGCUGGCAGAUCACCAAUGAAGGGCUCUGUGCAGUCAUUCACGCCAUCUCCGGUGGAGUACCAUUCCACGGGGCUCGUAUCCAACUCCCCGGUGCUGUCGGGGAGCUACAGCAGCGGCAUCUCUUCGCUCAGCCGAUGCAGCACCUCGGAGACGUCGGGUUUUGAAAGUCAAGGCAGCGAACCGCCGGUCCCGAGCUACAGCGUCCCGGAGGAGCCCGUGAGGAAGGAAAGCAAAACCCCGCCGCCUUACAGCGUGUACGAGCGGACUUUGAAGCGCCCCGUUCCUCUACCUCACAGCCUCUCCAUCCCCCCCACCGACCCCCCUGCCCUACCGCCCAAGCCGCAGCUGGGCCGGCCCAGCAACGCGGAGAGCAGCAGCAGGAGGACUGAGCCGGCCCCGCGGCCCCGGCCGUUGCCGCGCAAGGUGUCCCAGCUAUGAGGAGCCCUUUGGGAUCUGAUCACAAGGAAUUCUUUACCAUUUAAGGAAUAAUAUUUUUAAAAAAUGGUAAAAUGCGUUUAGUUAGGCACUUUAAUAUUUUGCCCACCUUUCCCUUUCAGUAACUUUCAAAUGCUUAUUGAUGUUACGUUGCACAUUUUAAAAUGAAAUUACUAAUUUAGGUUGCCAGAUAUUAUAGGAAGCAUGAAAGAGAGACUCUUUUUUAAUGUCAUGGUGGUGAAUACUGAUAAAUGCUUUCCUUUGUACUUUAUUUUUAUUUAAAAAGUUAAACGUAAACCCCUGCAAUUCUCGUGUGAGCCAGAUGAAUGCUCCUGACAAAACAAAAUGUACUGACUGGGACUUUACUGCUAGAAAUAGCAGCACGUGGUCUAACAGAGCAGUCUGUAGGCUCAGCUGUUUCCACAAGUAGGUGGGAAGUCAUUUCCCCCAUGCAGUGGAUGGGUUGGUUGUUUCAAAUGUCUGUGGAAGAACGGAUAUGAUGCAAGUUAUACUGCAGAGAGCUGAGCGAGAAUGUGCUUUGGAAUUUUUGAAGCAAACACUUGGUUGCUGUUAUUUUUAAGAUGGAAAGAUGCCUGCAUUUCAUUCAGUGUAGAGCAGCUUUCUGCUGCCAUUAGUGUAUUAUGGUAUCCAGUGCAUCCUUUGCUUUUUCAGGUGCAAAUGACCUUUAUUGUUCCAGUUAAUGUUUUUUUUUGUUUGUUUGUUUGUUUUUUUAAUUGCUAGUGGAGGUCCUCUUCCUCUGCUGUUUUUGAGAGUUCACCCUAAAAUACAGUCACUGUGUUACAUGGGUACAAAAAACACACUCAUUUAAUUUGCUUGUUAGAGUUAGCACCAAGUCGUACGAGGGCAAUACACUAAACAAAGUAUGAAUAUGAAUUACUGGAUAUUUAUUAAAAAAAAAAAAAAAAAAAAAAGUAUUUCAGAAGGAAAUUCAGAGUUCGUUAACAGUUUUGUAUAAACCUAGCAAAAAUUCCAAACGGCUCUUUGGAUGUGUAUGUAGCAGUGCAUCAGGUUGGGGUUCGCUUUUUAGGUCGUGUUCAUCAUCAUCGUCUGCUGUCGGAGGACAGUGUUUGGCCUUCGGGCAUACCUUAGUGACUGGCAUCUGGAAAGCUAACACCAUGCCAAACCGUAGGGACAAAAGCACCUUCUGUAUGUAUUUUUGGUAUCCUCUUUCUUUUACUGACCAUUUAACACGUGCUUGGGAACAGAUGUAUGAACUGCAUUUUAAAUCACGCUGUUAAAGAUAUUCUCCCUCUUUUGUUGGGAAGCUCACGUUGAUUUUAGCUGUGUCCAAUUUGUUGAUAGCUUAACUGGAAGAAAGUGACCACUUUUUAUAUUCUCUAAAGCAGUUAUAAGCUGCUGAUGGUGGUUAUAGAGGUUUUCUAUAAUAAAUGUUUGAGUAUUUUUGUACAUAAUUGGUAAAUUUUAAUAAGGAGUGUACCAUUAUGUGAAAAAGAAGCAAACAGUUGUGUAUGCAGUAAGAUUGUUAUAAUUAUGCCAAAUACUUUAUGUAUGGAAAAAAGAAUAUUUGUAAAUAUGUGCUUUUAACAAUAAUUCUGCCAUAUUGACUUUACAAUUUUGAAUGUCAGAAAAAUUAAUAUAUGUUAAAAUAUUUAUGUUUUAGUGAAAGUAUUCAUAACUUGAAAAGGAACAUACGAAUUUUAGCUUUGUAUCUUGCUGAUUUCAAAGUCUGAAAUUCCUUGAACUAGCUCUCGCUUUCAACUAUAACAUUUUUGUGUCUGUAACCACAUCAUAAGAGGUGCAGAAAGCUCCGUAUUUAUGCUGGUAGAAAGAGGUAAUACUUGGGGUUUAAAUAAGGUGUUACAAGUAAGAUAACAAAGCUGCUUUUUUUAAAAAAAAGAUUUUAUUUUUUCUUUCCCCAUCCGUAGGUUAGUAGAUUUUGUUAGGUAGUGCUUGAGCACAGUAUCAAUCAGUGUUAUUUGCUCCUGAAGCCAUUUCUUGUUUCUGGCAGUGAGCAGAACUGUUGCAUUUAUCCUUUGCGUGCAUUUCAGAAGUCAGCUCGGCAGCACAUUUCAUUUUAUCUAGACACUCAUGUCGGUUGCUGCAUAAUGUUAAUAUCGGAAUAAAAUGACUUGAUUAAUCUUUACACCUUGUUUUCUACAGAAUGAGAUUAUAAUCGUGUUUAUCAAGCAGCUUAAGUUCUGACUCUGUGUUGCCAAACUUGUUUCAUUUCUGUUGAAUAUCUCCUAAUAGACUGGGUUUUCUCCCUGUUUGGAUCCUUAAUAGCUUUGUGAGACAGUGUGGAGAGCGUUGCCCUGCUCUUCUGAACAGGGAGGAGUGAAACAUUCUCUCUGAGAGUUCACUGUAAAUUAACCUGCAUGAGCACUCUGUUUUUAUAACCAUGACGUCGCGAAUACUCCGAGUGAUAGCAGAUGGUAUAAAAUUGACAGAGUACUCUGAAAAUGAGCUGAUGCAUUUUCUGCUUAGUCAGUUUUGACAAAUUGAUUCUGUAGAUCAGUUUUUCAACCUGAUUUCUUAUAAAAGCGUAGUAUGAAAUUUUGUUAUGUAUGUUGCAAUACCAGAGCUUGAAAACCUAAUGUAAAUAAAGGUCUUGUUUGAAUUUUA